AUGGAAAGGGAAAGUGGUUAUCAUAGAACUGAGGGUGAAGCCACUUAUGUUCCUGUUGAGGCUGAAGUAGAACAACCUAUGCAGGGUGGUAUGAGAAGAGAACAUGAGUGCUUAACUGGUAUGCAAAAAAUGGAAAAGGCUAUAAUAGACUUGGCAGAACAAAACAAACUAUUUGUGGCGAGUCAAAUGAUGAUACAAGAAAGGCUGGAAAGACAACAGAAAUGGAAGAAAGGCUCUGAUUAUGAGAGGUUUAUCAAGUUAACACCCCCAGAAUUUUCAAGUACUACCAAACUAGAAGAAGCAGAGGGGUGGGUAAGAAGAAUGGAAUCGAUAUUUGCAGUGAUGGGUGCAGCAGAAGACCGGAAGGUAAACUUAGCUACAUUUAUGUUCAAAAAUGAAACUAGUUAUUGGUGGGACACGACAAAACAUUUGUUGCUCAGUCCAGGAGAGAAAGAGGUGAUAUUCUGGAAUCCAUUUGUUAAAGCUUUUUAUGAGAAAUAUUUCCCUCCAAUUUACAGAAAAGAGAAGGAACGGGAGUUUAUUCUCCUAAAACAAGAUAGAAUGUCUGUGGUUGAUUAUGAAGUUAAGUUUACAGCUUUAUCGAGGUUUGCACCCAAGUUUAUACAGAAUGAAGAAGAUAAAUGUAUAAUAUUCCAGGAUGGUUUAGAGGCGGCUAUUAAGUCUAGAGUUUCAGUGUUUGAGGAAACAUAUUAUAACAGACUUGUGAAUAAAGCCAUGAUUGCCAAAAGGGAUGUGAAAGAAUUGCAAGAAAGAAGGAAACAAUACAAAAGAAAUAGAUCUGAGCCGUCACAGUCAAGAGGAGGUGAAGGAAUUGCAAGUCAGAAAAGUCAAAGGUCGCGGUAUGGAAGGGGAAGGGGUGGUGAAUCUCAAGGCCAGACAUCAAGUAUUGGAAGAGGUCAAGGGCUUUUCGAACAACAAUCUGUACAACAAGGUAGUUUUGGAGGACGUGGUACUGGCAGGGGGUGUUUUCAGUGCGGAAGGGAAGGUCACCAGAAGAAGGAUUGUCCUAUCUUGAAAGCAGAAGAGUGUUAUCAUUGCCAUCAACCGGGUCAUCGGAAGAGAGAUUGUCCUAUGUUGACAGGAAUGACAUCAGUGGGCAGUGUUGCUGGUUCUGGUAGAGGUUUUGCACAGGGGAACUCGUCAAGAGGAGGUAAGGGUGUUACAAGUGGUUCGCAAGCCCAGGGAAGAGUGUUUGCUAUGACACUUCAGGAUGCUCAAGCAACACCAGAAGUGGUGACAGGUACACUUUCUAUUUUGGAUAGAAAUGUUACUGUGCUUAUUGAUCUUGGCGAAACCCAUUCAUUUGUUGCAUCAUCUAUUGCUAUGCAUUUGGGUAGACCACUUUCAUCAUUAGAUAGUAAAUUGUUUAUUUCUACACCAAUGGGAGAAGUGGUAGUGGUUGCAAAUGAAUACCGGGAUUGUGUGUUACAAUUGGGAGAUAGACAGUUAAAGGUAAAUUUGAUACCGUUGGGUAUACCAGAUUUUGAUAUCAUUUUGGGUAUGAAUUGGCUGUCUGUGUAUCAUGCUUCAAUAGACCGUUUUCGGAAAGAAGUUGUAUUUCAGAUACCAGGGGAGCCAGAAUUUAGAUUUACUGGGGAAAGAAAUGUUAUUCCAAACUGUCUCAUUUUAGCUAUACAAACCAGAAAGUUGUUGAAGAAAGGGUGUCAGGGUUACUUGGCUUAUGUGAUUGAUACUGAAAAUAAAGAUAUGACACUUGAAAAUGUACCAGUGGUAAGGGAAUUCACAGAUGUGUUUCCAGAAGAAUUACCAGGGUUGCCAGUAGACAGGGAGGUAGAUUUUACCAUUGAGUUGGUACCAGGAACAACUCCAAUUUCUAUUGCUCCGUAUCGAAUGGCACCGACAGAAUUGAAAGAGUUGAAGAUACAGUUGUAA